AAAAAAAAAAAAAAAAAAAAAAAAAAAACAAAUCCCUGUCCCACCCGCCCCCAAUCCCAACACGAUGGAUCCAGAUCUAGAUCCUGUGACGAUUCACGAGCUCCCGGCCUCAACCUGGUCCGCGCCAUCAGGGAUACUCACGCGCCUCCGAUCCCAUCUGCCCUACUCGAUCCCCCUGCUGCGUCGGAUCCAGCAUCACCGCGCGUAUCCCACCUCCACCGCCGUCGUCGUGGCGACGUUUGCUGCGGAUGCGCACCCACCGGUACAUGGAGAGACGCGCUGCACUCGCAGCAGCAGUGAUGCACCACCAGAAGAAGAAGAAGAAGAAGAGGAGGAACCCUGGCUAGCAGCCUACAUCGACCUGCACGCCGGCCGCGAAACCCAAGUGGUGAUCUACAGCAGCGCCGAAGCGACCUCCCCAACAUCAAUCGAUAUACCACGCCCCAGUAGCACCAAGAAUGCCCCAAAGAGUACGGAGACCGGUGAGGACCAGCUCUCCCUCCUCCAGUCCAGACACCCCCAAACCAUCCGCCGCCAACUCCUCGCCCUAUUCCAACACAUCCACACCCGCCGACUCCCCGCGUACACCGCCCACCUCGCUGCCACGGCCCCUGCGACAGCAACAGUGACAGAUCACCAGCUCGCCCCGCCCCCGCCGCAGGCCUUUCUAAUCGGGAACCUGCACACGGGCCUACUGGCGUUGCUGUUUGCGGGGCCUCCCCAUCAGAACAAUGAUGGCGCGGGGCGGGAGCUGCAGGAGUUGGGCCAGGUGUAUACGUCUGGGUCCGCUGCGUUCGUCCCCGGGCUCAAGGUGCAUCGCUACGAUAGUUCACCGUAUCUGAAGUAUCUGUUGGGGCGGGAGGUGGUUUGUUCUGGGGCUGCUGCUCCCCCGGCCGGCUUCAGAUUCCAUACCCGGGAGGGACGGCGCGGCGUCCAGCCGGAACAUUUCGCCCUCGUGCGGAGCCGCACGGUGAUUCCGCGGUCGGAUGCGACGUUGGCUAUGCUGCCGGGGGCGGCGGUGUAUGUGCAGCAUGCCGGAACUGAGGAAGAGGACGCUGAGGAUCCCGUGGCGUGGGCGUUUCUCGGUCCUGAUGGGUCGCUGGCGACGUUGCAUGUUGAGUCGGCGUAUCGGGGGCAUGGGCUGGCGGGGAGAGUGGCGCUGGAGGCGAUGAGACGGGGGAUGGUGGAGGAUGGGCGGUGGUGGACGAGGGAGGAUGACACGCAUACCAGUAUGCUGGUGCAUACGAAUGUGGCGAUGGGGAAUGGCGCGAGUCGGCGGGUGAUGGAGAAGUUGGGGGGGAGCGUUGGCUGGACGGUCACUUGGACGGUGGUGGAGGUGUUGUAGUUCACGUAGGUAUACAGUUCUGUAUGUAUAAGGCAAGCAUGUAUAGAGCGCGAAGCACGAUGGAUGGAUGGCCUUUGUUUUUCUUCCAAAGAAAUGGCGGCAUGCCAGCAAGAGCCGUUCUGAUUCGAGGGUGUCGAAAAGGAUUAAUAACAGAAGCGUGGGGGACUCCUCCGUAGAUAUCGUAUACCCCUCGAGGCUCUUCAGCGUUCGUCGCCGAUUAUGUACCGUAGACAUGCUCGCUCUGAUUUGAUCACCCAUCU